ACCACAUCUGCUCCCAACCUAGGUUUAAGGCGAAGGGGAAAAGAUUUCAUAGGAAUCAGAGGGGUUAACUUUUUCACACAAAGGAUGGUGGUUGGGUGGAUCUCCUCUAACCUCAUGGAUAGGACAGGUUUGGUGGGAUGUGAACCAAGCGCAGGCAGGUGGGACUAGUGUAGCUGGGGCAUGUUGGCCAAGUUGGGCCAAAGGUCCUGUUUCCACAUUGUAUCACUCUAUAUGACUAAGAUGAGGCGUUCCACUCUAGGACGGUCCGAGACGUCCUUUCUCUUUAGUGAACAUGGUAACCUCACCUACUGUCAUGGAUGGAUCGCUCACCCGUGUCUCCUCUUUGUACCAUUGGCCUGCUCUACCUCCCCUCGACAGAAUAAGGCAGAGUACCCCUGGUCACUCACCUUUCACCCCACCAGCCUCCGCAUCCCACACAUCAUUCCACGACAUUUCCACCACAUUCAACGUGAUCCCACCACCCGUCACAUCUUCCCAUCCCCACCUCUUUCCACCUUCUGCUGAGACCGUUCCCUUCUGCAACUCCCUGGUUAACUCUUCCCUUCCCACCCAAGCCACCCCCUCCCCAGGCACCUUCCCCUGCAACCGCAGGAGAUGCAACACCUGUCCCUUUACCUCCACCCUCACCUCCAUCCAGGGUCCCCAGCAGUCCCUACAGGCGAGACAGAGGGUCACCUGCACCUCCUCUAACCUCAUCUACUGCAUCUAGUAUUCCCAAUGCGACUUCCAAUAUAUCGGCAUGACCAAGCGUAGACCAAUUCGCCCAACACUCGCACAGCAGUUCCUUGUUUCUGCUGGAUCUCCAAGUUGCUAACCCUUGUAACUCCCCUUCCCAAGGUUAGUGUGACCUCUAGUUUCAUAUCUCUAGUUUCCCUCUCCCCUGACUCUCAGUCUGAAGAAGGGACAAUUUACAGAAGCCAAUUAAUCUACAAACGUCUUUGGUGUGUGGGAGGAAAGUGGAGCACCCGGAGAAAACCCACGCAGGUCAUUAGGGAGAACGUGCAAACUCCGUACAGACAGCACCCAUAGUCUGAAGAAGGGUCUGGACACGAAAAGUCACCCAUUCCUUCUCUCCACAGAUGCUGCCUGACCCUGCUGAGUUGUAACUCCAGCAUUUUGUGUCGAGCUAGCAUCUGCAGUUUCCUGUUUACAGGAAAGGUUGAUGGUUUUUCUGGGUUGAACUUUGCGAACAUUACAGCGAUUUCAUUUAUCUCACUUCUCCAUCGCGAUCAUCUGACCGGCAGUGAAGUCAUAUGAUCCUCUCUCUUUCUCUCUAGGGUAGUAACGGAGAAGGAACCCCUCGGGAAUAAAGAGACUGUGGCUUAUAAACAGGAUUGUGAUUUGAUAUUUGCUGCUGCUCAAUUCUUUGGGAAAAUUAACAAUGAAAUUGAUUAUAUUGGAGGACGCGACGAAGGCCACUGAAUGGGCUGCCAAAUAUAUCCGCAAUCAGAUCAUUCGGUUCAACCCUGGGCCAGAGAGAUACUUCACCCUGGGCUUGCCGACUGGAAGCACUCCAUUGGGGUGUUAUAAAAAGCUAAUUGAAUAUUACAGAAAUGGAGAUCUGUCUUUCAAAUAUGUGAAGACCUUCAACAUGGAUGAAUAUGUGGGACUUCCGAGGGACCAUCCGGAAAGCUUUCACUCUUUCAUGUGGAACAAUUUCUUUAACUACGUGGAUAUCCUGCCUGAAAACGCCCACAUUCUGGAUGGGACUGCCCCUGACCUGGAUGCGGAGUGCAGGGCCUUUGAGGAGAAAAUUAAGUCGACCGGAGGAAUCGAGCUGUUUGUCGGAGGUAUUGGUCCAGAUGGUCACAUUGCUUUCAAUGAACCAGGAUCCAGUCUGGUGUCCCGCACAAGAGUGAAGACUUUGGCCAUGGAUACAAUAUUGGCCAACGCUAGAUUCUUUAAUGGAGAUUCCUCUAAAGUUCCUACCAUGGCUUUGACUGUCGGAGUAGGUACCGUAAUGGAUGCCAGAGAGGUGUUGAUCCUCAUCACAGGAGCCCACAAGUCUUUAGCUCUACAUAAGGCGAUAGAAGACGGUGUGAACCACAUGUCCACAGUCUCUGCCCUUCAGCAACAUCCCAAAACUCUCUUUGUUUGUGAUGACGAUGCCACGUCGGAACUCCGUAUGAAAACUGUCCGGUACUUUAAAGGUCUGUCGGAAGUUCACAAUAAGCUCGUGGAGCCGUUGUGUAGCAUGAAACAACCGUGUACCAUUAAACAGUGUGAAUGAAGAACAUGGGACUGCAUCUCCUUCCAGGGGUAUUCGUUCUACCGCAGGAGCCACUGAAGAAAGUCUAGUAUAUCAGGCCGCGAAUCUUAAGAUUGUUGAGUUUUGCUCUUCCCUCAGACCAUAAAGGGCCUGUCCCACUUUCCCGAGUUAUUCACGAACUCUCCCGAGUUUUCCCCUUGAUUCGAACUCGGAGAAUUACGGGAGUAGCCGUUCGUAGGUACUCGGGGCUAUGUAUUUUUACUCGUGGCCAUUUUUCAACAUGCUCAAAAAACGUCCCGACUUACCUGAUGCCCCGAGUUCCUAGGGCUGGCAUAACGAGCCGCUACGAAACGUCUACGGACUCCUACGGCCUCUUACGAGCUUGCUACUGACAUUACCCGACAUUCUCCGGGUUCGAAUCAAGGGGAAAACGCGGGAGAGUUUGUGAGUACCUCGGGAAAAUGGGACGGGGCCUUAAGACAUAGGAGCAGAAUGAGGCCGUUCAGCCCUUCUGCUCUGUCAUGGCCGAUCUGUGUUACCCACUCAACCACAUUCACCUGCCUUCUUCUCCCUGUAAUCUUUGACAAAAACCUUAUUCACCAAAAACCUAUCAAUCUCCGCAUUAGAAGCACCCAAUGACUUGGCCACCGCAGCCGUCUGUGGCAAUGAAUUCCACAGAUUCACCACCCUCUGACUAAAGAAAUUACUCCUCAUCUUUUAAACUUCAGCGAGAACAGGUCCAGAGCUAUCAAAUGCUCCUCCUACAUUAACCCAAUCAUCUCCCGAGAUAUUUAUCGUAAACCUCCUCUGGGCCCUCUCCGAUUCCAGAACAUCCUUCCUCGGAUGUGGGGCUGAAAACAGCUUAGACGGUUCCAAAUGUGGCCUGACCAGCACCUUAUUAACCCUCAGCAUCACUACAAUGCCUUUAUAUUCUCGUCCUUAAUAAGGGAAUGUAUCUAGGUCUGUUUACGGAUAGAGAUCUGGGACCUGUUCAUUGGAACGUUGGUGACCCGACCGAUAUGUUUUUCAAGGAAGGACAAAAUGUUGACAAUUGUGAUCCGACCCGUUAACAUUUAAAUUUAUGAGAUGACAGCUUGAAGUUUCAAGAUGCAGGGUCAGAAUUUUGAAAUGUUUUGUGUUGAACCAGUUGUAAAAUUUUGAAAAGUUUCUGCAAUUUAAAUGCCGGAAUCUGUUUACUAAACAGGACAAAGCCAUUCCAAUUACAGCUUUUUAUUAAAGAAAACAAAAAUUAAAAUUCAGAUUUCUUUAUUGCAAAAUGGCCUUGCACUGGAGUCAUGGUGACAAACUCCACACACUGUUGCUUAGUGCCAUAGUAUUCUUUGUAUUGUAUUCAAGUUUAUUGUCAUUGUCUCAAUUAGAGACAACAAAAUGAAUUUCCCUUUACAGUCAGUAUCAUAAAAAUAAUAAAAUAAUAAAUAAUAACACAUAUU